AAGUGUUGGUCGCACACUCCUCUGCGCUGGCGCUACUAGACUGGUGUAUAUACAUAGCUGUACCCGUUAACGUUUUCUCCAUUUUCCCGCCAUUACUCCUGAUCUCUGUUCCUCAACUGAGAAAAUCAUGGUGCGAGAAAAUCAUGCGGAGAAAGCCCUAACCUUCCUUCGGAGCAGACUCUGUAACCCUAGUUACGUCUUCAGACCUCUCUCUGAUUCUCCCGAUAGCAACUACAGCAAGCUGAAGUUCAUAAUAUCAAGUUCAGUUACUGAGACCUGUAACAACUCAAUCCUACUACUUGGUCCCCGUGGUUCUGGGAAAAUUGCGGUGUUGGAGCUUGUUCUUACAGAUUUAUUGCAAGAAUAUCCUGAAAUGAUAUCAGUGAUUAGAUUGAAUGGAUAUCUGCAUAGCGAUGACAAUUGCGCACUCAAGGAAAUUGCUAAACAAUUGUGCAUGGAGCAUCAAUUGUCAUUCUCAAAAAUGGCAUCAUUUGAUGAUAACUCUCAAUUCAUGAUAGCUAUGUUACGUGAGUGUGGAUUAGCACAUAAGACAAUCAUUUUUGUACUAGAUGAAUUUGACCUUUUUGCUCAGGGAAAACAGCGAUUGCUUUAUAGCUUGCUGGAUGCAAUGCAAUCUGUGACUUCACAAGCUGUUGUCAUCGGUAUCAGUUGCCGGCUAGAUGCUGAUCAGCUCUUGGAAAAGAGAGUAAGAUCUCGUUUUUCACAUAGAAAGCUGUUGUUUCUUCCUCCAUCAGAGGAUGAUCUGCAGAGAUUGUUGGAUCACAUUUUAUCUUUGCCAACAGACUCGAGCCUUCCCAAAGACUAUGCUGUUAAAUUCAAUGCAAACAUACAUAAUCUUUUAGCAGAUGAGAGGUUCAAAGAGAUCCUUAGAACAUUGUCAAAUUUUGAUUCCUCUGUCAGCCAUUUGUUGAGGUUUCUAUUUUGUGCUGUUUCUUUUAUGGAUUUGGAGUCUGGGUUUCUUUCACUGGAGAACUUUAAAACUGCACUUUCAAGCGUUCAAAGGCAGCCGAAGCUAGAAUCUUUACAAGAUUGCUCCGUCUUAGAGCUCUAUAUUCUGGUGUGUAUGAAGAAACUGGAAGUUAAAGAGCAGAACUCAUACAACUUCAUAUCUGUAAUGAAAGAAUACAAAGCCAUACAUGAUUCCUACCAGACAUGUGAUUUCUAUGCAGAGACUGUGUGCUUACGGGCAUUUGAACAUCUUCUACAACGGGAAUUGAUCUGCUAUGUGGGCAAUGUGGGACGCAAUCAGUCUAUUGAAUUUUGUCCUGUGAAGCUACUUAUUUCGGCCAAUGAACUGCAUCAUGGGUUGAAAUCAAAUCGAUGUUGCCCUGCCAUUCUUCAGAAAUUAGUUGAUCGUGAAAACUAAAACAGAUCAACGUACUCAGAGCAAACCGGACUGUGUCUUACCUUCCACAGUGGACGCACCCACCCCGCAAGCCCUGUUGUAAUCAUUUUUUUUUUCCUUCUGUAAUUAUGCUUGAAUCUUCACCUGAAUUAAUGAUUAUAUUUAUAUGACUGAGAAUUGUGUUCACCUUGUGGUGUGCUUUGCAGUUUGUACCAUUGUAGAAUUAAUAAAUUGCCAUGUUGGCCCCCCCUUUAAUUUGGUCUCUUUUUUUUGCACCAGUUGUGGAAAUCCAAGUCCGGAUUAAAGGCUUCCAUCAAUACAAUACACUCAUAUUAAUAGAUAAUAUUUAGAAACAUAAA